AGGAAGUCUGGGGGCGGGACGAGGCCGUUUCUUUGUGUUAUAAUGGGCCCCUUUGUGGAGAUGGAGCAGGAGGAAAGGUCCGCUGGUGUGUCCUGCACACGCAGAUAGCGGUCUCUCCCCUUUGCUGCUCAUAGGCACGGGCAGGGUCUGGGAGAGAGGCAAGACUAGGUGCGGGAGAGGUCAAGUCAGGAUGGAACUGCUGGUGCUGCUCGCCGCCCUGGGGACUCGGCUGCUCUUUUUCUCGCACUCCGUGCUUGGGGUCUGGAGGGUGACGAAAGUGAAGAAGGAACCCAGAUAUUGGCUGCUGGCGCUGCUUAAUCUCCUCCUCUGCUUGGAAACAGCGCUCACGCUCAAGUUUAAGCAAGGCAGAGGCUACAAAUGGUUUUCACCAGCAAUAUUUCUAUAUCUGAUUAGCACAGUACCUUCGUUGUGGCUUCUGGAGCUUCACCCAGGGAUUCAGUUUUGCCGCAAUGAAUCUGAACAGCUUGAGCAGAAUAUGAGUGAAAGAAAUGGACAUGAGUCCAUUGACAGUCUCAUACCAGAGAAGGCCUUAGUUCUUUUGAAUACACUCUCUGCAGUGUGUGAGCCAAUCUGGAUGCUAGGUCUCCACCAGACCUUUCUACUGUUCCUUAUCAUUGGGAGAUGGCUUCUUCCCAUUGGCGGUGAAAUCACCCGGGACCAGUUGUCACAGCUGCUUCUUAUGUUUGUGGGUACCGCAGCAGAUAUACUUGAAUUCACUAGUGAGACCCUGGAAAUAGAGAACGUAAGGAACAACCUUCCUCUUGUAUAUGCAAUUCUAGCAGUGUGGACUUGGAGUAUGCUGCAGUUUCCUCUGGAUCUUGCAGUGCAACAUGUUGACUGCAGUCCAUCAAUCUCAUCCAAGAGAGUCUUCAAGUUGCUUCUCUGCAAACACAGUGCAGACCUGUGGAACAUUGGCAUCAGCUUGUUCAUUCAAGAUGGCCCUUUUCUUAUUGUGCGCCUGAUACUGAUGGGCUGUUUUAAAGUCAUUAACCAGAUGCUGGUGUUUUUCACAGCUAAGAAUAUCUUAGUUGUGAUGUUACAACUGUACCGUCUCAUCGUGUUAUCAUUAGACUUCCAUGCCUCUCUGCAUCAGUCAAAUAGCCAGAAAGGAGGAGUUGGCUGUUGUCCAUGUGAGCAUAACAAUUAUGUUCUUCAACCCAACUGUGAUAUUAAUGAAAAGGAGAGAGCUAACACUACCCUGGAAGAUACCUCAUCAGUCACUGUUGAAAGCCAGUGAAUCCAGAUAUUUUAUUUGUGAUAUACACUUGUUUCCCUGCUUGACCACUCUUAUAGGGACUGGAAUUAUCAGACAAUCUUUAUGGUUCUGACAUCUUUCCUAUCCAUUACAAGAUGAAUGUUUGACUAACAAGCAAAAGAUGUUGUAGUAAACACAUCAAAAUGGAAAUCUUUCAAUCCUACUGAUUUCAGUAGGCUGUCAGAAACUCCAUAUCAUAUUUAUCCAGUAGAAUUUAGUAGAAGUAGUUUUCUGAAACUUAAAAAUAUGUGAUACAAUAGUGAACUCACACAAUGACAUUGUGUUAGCAGAAUAUUCACCUGAAAUUCAGGCUUAUAACUAUAAUAUGGUAGAGGACAUAUUCACCUCUGUGAAGAAUCUUUUCAGCUGUGACAAUGGCAUGGAAGUGCAAAUGAAUGAAAAGAAUAUAUUCCUUCUGCUGAUCUGAAAUGAAAACAUUAUACAUUCAGUGAAUGCAAGAACAACUGGUUUAAAAUCACCUCUCCCAGCUGGAUUAAACAUAAAACUGUUUAACCCCUGAAGGAAUUACAAAAGAUCAUGCAACUCUUUCUUCCCAGUAAAACCUUACCAUUUCUCACAAGUCUUGUUUGUUUGCAUCAACAUCAUGUUUGGAUUGACUCAAUCACAAUUCAUGUUGAUGAAGGAUUUUUCUGAUAACCAGUUUUAUACAAAGGUACUUGCUUCUUUAAACCUUUGGGUGAGUUCAGAUUAGAAGAUAGCCUACCUGCAAUAGGCUUAUCACUUCCCAAAAUGGCUUUCAUGAUUGGGCAAUAUGCAAUAAGAGACAAUACUCUUUGAUACUUGUCUGCAUGAUAACUACCAUAUUUUUGUGCAUUGUCCCUGGCCACGGCUGGAGCCUGCUCCUGCUCCCGCAGUUCAGUAGCUACCAUGUUAUGCCAGCUAGAAAUCCCACAUCCAGCUGCUCCCCUCUACAUUCCUCUGCUAGCAAUUGUAAACUCUACCCCUGCACUUGCCAAACUGGUGAGAUGGCUGUUGCUUCUUAUGGAGGGAAGAAGGGCAAAAGAGCAUUCCAGCUGCCUCCUCACACCUUUGUGAUCUAGGGAUCCUUUAAAAAUUAUCCAGUUUUCCCCCAGGGAAAAGCGCUUGACAGCCAGAAACCGUCCCUGUGAAAGUCUUCCUAGAAAGCCCACAUCUCUUUAAGUCCCCGCACCCCACCCCGCUUCCAUUUACAAAAAAUUGAUAACCCACAAGUUCUUGGUGAGAAAAUAAUGGUAGCAGUUUCACAUCCUGUGGUUAUCAGAUCAUAUCUGCAACUCUGUAGCAUUGUGUGAACUUACUCCUGAUCUGGCCAAUAAUGGAUUUCAUGUAUUUCCAGACUUUGAAAGAAAAUGUUGUAUUAACAAACAUAAUUAGAAUGAAUUAAUGAACAUAUAUAUACUCCUGUAACCAUUGUUGUAAGGCUUGCAUGUUUGCAGUAUUUUUUAUUAUUAUUGUAAAGACGAAUGUUUGCAAAUAAAAUAAUAAAAUCUG